AUGGCUUGGUCGAUGGAGCAGCUUGAGAUCCUCCUUGCCUGCACUUCCAACUGCUUUUCCUCCGUGGGCAUGCUCCUCUUCAACAAGCUGGCAGUGGAGGCCUUCCCGCUCGAAUGUUGCUUAGUUUGGGUUCAGCUCUUCUUCGCUGCAUCCUUUAUGCUCAUCUUUGCCUUCCCGUACCUUCACAUCGGCUCUCUCAAAGACUUCCUGCGAUGGUGUGUCGUCGUGCCCUUCUACUGUGGUAUGCUGUUGACGUCCAUCCUGGCGCUGAAGAAUGCCCCGAUGUCGCUGCUCAUCGUCCUGCGCAACGCGUCGCCGCUGGCUUCCCUCGCCAUCGAGCGGUUCUACCCAGAGCCGCUGCGCAUCAGCCCCUGGAUGCUAGGCUCCAUCUUCAUGAUGCUUAUGGGGGCCUUCCUGUACGUCUCGGACCUCCCCUCAAAGCACUACCAGGGCAUCGGAUGGAUCUUGUUGAACAGCUUCAUUGCAGUGAUGGACCGCUGCCUCCAGCGUCUCCUGCUGUCCAAGGAUCAGCAGCCCGUGGACAUCUCGAAGGCGGGCAUCACCCUCAUCAACAACAGCAUGGGCCUCGUACCGGUCGGCAUCGCAGCAUGGGCCAAGGGAGAGCUUGCAGAGCUACCCCUCAAGUACGCCGCCCUCAGCAUCACGGACAAGGUCUACAUCGGCCUCAGUUGUGUCAUCGGCCUCUCCAUCUGCUACACGGGCAUUUGGGCACAGAGCCUCAUCAGCGCCACCAGCUUCCUGGUCAUGGUCAAUGCCAACAAGUUCGUGAUCAUUUGCAUCGAGGCUUUCGGCAUGCACACCAAGGUCCUCACACUUACACAGUUCCUGGGCGCCUGCGUGUCGAUCCUAGGAGGGAUUUCGUACGGAAAGGCUCGCUCUUACAUCGAGCAGGAGGCCGAAGAGAGGAAACAGUUGGUGCCCCCGAAGGUGUAA